AUGAAGAUCUGCUCGGCCUCUGGGACUCUGGCCAUGGCCAGGUUGCGGUAGUGCCAGCGGUUGUGCUCCACAUCGUUUUGUAGCACAAAGGGUUUGCGGAUCUCAGUCAGCCUCGUCAUCUACCUACAGGGCAGCACAAUGACAAAGUCAUCACCUAUAACAUAAGAGUAUGGCGCUUGCAAUGUCAAGAUUGUGGGUUCAAAUCCUGCGGGCCACCCAUGUGUAAAAUAUAUGCAUAUGGAUAAAAGCAUCUGCUAAAUGGCUUAUUUAGUAUACUGUAUGAACUUUGCAGUUUUGCAACUUGGGAGUCUUGAAUUAGACAAUGAAUAGGGAGUCACGUUUACCUGUCCCUUCAUCCUGGUUUCUGGUUUGAUCUUCUUCCUUGGAACAUAUCCUCUGUUUACAAGGAUAGUAAUCCUGUGAAAUAUAUACAACAAUAUAACUUUUGUGUAAUGAGAUUAUAAUCUCUUCAAAUGUUGUAGUUCACAUACAAAACUACUGUAGAAAGGGAACUGGGUGAAAUUUAGGACCUUAUUAUUGACUGGUGCAGUAGAAUUGGUUGUGGAUUAUGUUGAAUGGAGUAUGUUUACAUCAUACCCUGGUAAAGUAGAAUAAGGUAAUGAGUAGAGUUCUUACCCUAGGUCGGUACAGUAGAACGGUGUAACGACAUUGGCUCCAGUCUCGCCACUGGAUGACAGCUGGCCUACCUCCCUGGCCUCUUUCUCUGGGUCGACAGGCGAGCGGGGUAAGAUGUACAUCUCCUUGGAGUGGUCAUAGCGCCCACGCACCUUCACUCUCCUGUACUGCAGGUCAUUCAGCUCCAGAGGACUAGGAAGCAAAGACACAUAACAAGAACAUUACAAACACUUCCAGUCUGACCUAAAAAGGCAAGACAACGUAAUUAUGUGCAAUUAUGUCUGAUAACUAGUGAUUGUGUCACUCACUCAAUAGGAAGAGAGAUAGGUUCUGCGGAGGUAAAACUCCUCAGUUCUGCAAUCAACUGCAUUUUCCAUUCCUGCCGUUUCACCUGAGUAGAAGAGUGACUUAGGUCAGUAUCAUUUUUCAUAUCUAUUCUAGAGGUUUGAACUACUGUAUAGACGGGUUACCUGACAAUGUCACGAAAACAUUGUGUGCGCUUCAAUGGUGCAGAAGUCCGUGUCAUAUCUUGUUAUUGAUACCAUGUCUUGUUUUUAGGUGUUUUGACUGAUGUCAAGUCUAUGCUAAUAUGGCAAAAGUUUGCUAGCUAGCUAACCAACAACUGUUACAAUGUAUUUGAUAGACAAGUGCUCAUUGUGCAACUUUGUUUUAAAUAAACAUUUGGAAACUAAAUAUAGUUUACAUGUUGUCAACAAUCUAAGCCAACCCUGUCUGUUUUGCCCCAUAGUUGCGCACAUGUCGGUUUUGUUGCUAAACAACCAACCCCUAGCCAUAUUAGCAUAGACGUGACAUCAGUCAAAACACCUCAAAACAUGACAUGGUAUCAAGAAUAAGAUCAAAUGAGCAGAAACAAGCCACUUACGAUUCACCACAUGGCAGUUUCUUGUCAUUGUUGCUAGCUACACUAUAUAUACACAAAAGUAUGUGGACACCCCUUCAAAUUAGUGGAUUCGGCUAUUUCAGCCACACCCGUUACUGACAGGUGUAUAAAAUCUAGUACACAGCCAUGCAAUCUUCAUAGACAAACAUUGGCACUAGAAUGGCCUCACUGAUAUAGGAUGCCACCUUUCCAACAAGUCAGUUUGUCAAAUUUCUGCCCUGCUAGAGCUGCCCUGGUCAACUGUAAGUGCUGUUAUUAUGAAGUGGAAACGUCUAGGAGCAACAACAGCUCAGCUGCGAAGUGGUAUGCAACACAAGCUCACAGAAUGGGACCGUCGAGUGCUGAAGCGCGUAAAAAUCGCCUGUCCUCGGUUGCAACACUCACUACAGAGUUCCAAACUGCCUCUGGAAGUAACGUCAGCACAAUAACUGUUAGUCGGGAGCUCCAUGAAAUGCCAAGCGUAAUGCCAAGCGUCGGCUGGAGUGGUGUAAAGCUUGCCUCCAUUGGACUCUGGCGCAGUGGAAAUGCGUUCUCUAGAGUGAUGAAUCACGCUUCACCAUCUGGCAGUCCAACGGACAAAUCUUGGUUUGGCGGAUGCCAGGAGAACGCUACCUGCCCGAAUGCAUAGUACCAACUGUAAUGAAUAAUGGAAUGGGGCUGUUUUUCAUGGUUUGGGCUAGGCCCCUUAGUUCCAGUGAAGGGAAAUCUUAACGCUACAGCAUACAAUGACAUUCUAGACCAUUCUGUGCUUCCAACUUUGUGGCAACAGUUUGGGGAAGGCCCUUUCCUGUUUCAGUAUGACAAUGCCCCUGUGCACAAAACGAGGUCCAUAUAGAAAUAGUUUGUCGAGAUCGGUGUGUAAGAACUUGACUGGCCUGCACAGAGCCCUGACCUAAACACCAUCUAACACCUUUGGGAUGAAUUGGAACGCCGACUGCGAGCCAGGCCUAAUGUCCACAUACUUUUGGUAAUGUAGUGUAUCUGACCAUCCAUAACACACAGCCUUCUGUCCCUUUUGAAGCGCGCGCGUCGUUUUCGUUACAUUGUCAGCUAACCCGAAUAAUGGAGCCAUACCUGCCAUGUCCCAAGACCUAAUGUGGUGGCAGGAAUCAGAAGCAGGAACAUUUUGAGGAAGGAGUCCUCUCCCUUCUCUGCUCUGGCAGCUGUGAAGUUUGACAGUCGGCCAAAGUCGAUUCACUUGCCUGUUUUAAAUAUACUUAAGUAUCAAAAGUAAAUGGAAUUGCUCAAAUGUACUUAAGUAUCAAAAGUAAAAGUAUAAAUCAUUUCAAAUUCCUUAUAUUAAGCAAACCACACAGGAUUAUUUUAAUUUUUCUACGGAUAGCCAGGGGCACACUCCAACACUCAGACAUUAUUUACAAAUGAAGCAUGUGUUUAGUGAGUCCUCCAUAUCAGAGGCAGUAGGGAUGACCUGGGAUGUUCUCUUGAUAAGUGUGUGAAUUGGACAAUUUUCCUGUCAAAAUGUAACGAGUACUUUUGGGUGUCAGGGAAAAUGUAUGGAGUAAAAAGUAAAUUAUUUUCUUUAGGAAUGUAGUUAAGUAAAAGUAGCCAAAAAUAUAAAUAGUAAAGUACAGAUACCAACAAAAAACCUACUUAAGUAGUACUUCAAAGUAUUUUUACUUAAGUACUUUACACCACUGGCUUGGAACUUGUCUUAAACAUUAACUUCUGCUCGUUUGAAGAGAGGCAGUCGUGGCAAUAAGAGAGUCCUCUUGAAAUAAAUUGCAUGCGAUUUAAAAAAAAAGAAAUCAAUAAUUAUAACUUUAGAUGCGGUCGAACUCUGGAAUUUAUGCAACACAGCUAGCUUGACGUUAGCUAUCUAGCUAGCUAAAACACCAUUUUAUGCAGUUAGCCAUGUAUAAUAACUUUUUUUAUUAUCUUCAGGGUCUUACUAGAGCAUGCGAACAUACAUUUUAAACUACUCAUAGUUACUGAAAAUAUCGAAAACACACAGAGCUAGUUAGGCAAUUUGACAAGGCAACUGACUACUUAACUGGCAUGUCCUAUAUGAAGGUGGAAUGUUUUGGAUGUAACUACAUCCGGUCCAGCGUGACCUGUAAGCCACGCCCAUUUAAGUCUACACACGUGCGUUUGCUUGUGCUUAUGCUGUCUGUCUGUGGUUGCCGUUUUAAAAGUUUAUCAGCAAGUGUUGCAAUUUUAUUUUGAUAGUGUGGUAUCUGAGGAAUUUAUGACUUUGCUAACGUUUUCAAAUGGUAUCUUGGAGGAUGUUGAUUCAGCUUAGGGGAGCAGUUUUAUAGGGGCACCCCAUAAAACAGAGGAAGUCUCAUGGGAUUGGUCUGUAUGGGAAACCACCCAUAUCAUGGUAAAGAUUAUAAAUACUUGGUUGAGACAAAGGAGGUCAGAACAAACAUAUUAUUUUGGGUCGCUGUUCUCCAGAUGCCUGCAGACGUCUGUAAACUAAUGCUGAAAUCUUGUGAUAUAAAUAAACCUUUAUAAUCAAAGUACAGUGUAAGCGGACUCCUUGGUCUCACAGCAAAGAUUAGCAUUAUUCUUUAUAAACAACAGAAAUGGCGGUGAGGAACGUUUGGGACGUGAUGCGUCUCUCCAGUGUUCCAUUCAUGUGCGGCGAAGUGACUCCCGCUCAAGACGCCGGCUCAUAAGGUGGGAUUUCUCACAAUUUUGUGCGCUGGUUGGUUCGCUUGCUUAUGGGUGUGUGCGCUGGAGAAAUGUACCGUUUAAAAGACUUAUGUGUGCAGAUUUUGCUGUUAUUUGCUGUGGGAUAGGAGUCCGUUCUAAAAUUCUAAAUUUGUUUGCGCUGGUAACAACGCAAACAGGGGGGGAGUGUCUAUAACUAUUGAAUAAUAUACUGAAGGAAUAAGGCCAGGGUAAAUGUAUACAAAUUAGACCAUUGCGAAUCUAUGGAAGUCCUCUCAGGAGGCGAUCAUUAGGAUGGGCCGAAAAUCCUAAAAGCACGUUAGGUGUAUUUAGGUGAGUCCCGGGGGCUUGAGGUUGUGGUAUAUACAGUGGGGAAAAAAAGUAUUUAGUCAGCCACCAAUUGUGCAAGUUCUCCCACUUAAAAAGAUGAGAGAAGCCUGUAAUUUUCAUCAUAGGUACACGUCAACUAUGACAGACAAAUUGAGGAAAUAAUUUCCAGAAAAUCACAUUGUAGGAUUUUUAAUGAAUUUAUUUGCUAAUUAUGGUGGAAAAUAAGUAUUUGGUCACCUACAAACAAGCAAGAUUUCUGGCUCUCACAGACCUGUAACAACUUCUUUAAGAGGCUCCUCUGUCCUCCACUCGUUACCUGUAUUAAUGGCACCUGUUUGAACUUGUUAUCAGUAUAAAAGACACCUGUCCACAACCUCAAACAGUCACACUCCAAACUCCACUAUGGCCAAGACCAAAGAGCUGUCAAAGGACACCAGAAACAAAAUUGUAGACCUGCACCAGGCUGGGAAGACUGAAUCUGCAAUAGGUAAGCAGCUUGGUUUGAAGAAAUCAACUGUGGGAGCAAUUAUUAGGAAAUGGAAGACAUACAAGACCACUGAUAAUCUCCCUCGAUCUGGGGCUCCACGCAAGAUCUCACCCCGUGGGGUCAAAAUGAUCACAAGAACGGUGAGCAAAAAUCCCAGAACCACACGGGGGGACGUAGUGGAUGACCUGCAGAGAGCUGGGACCAAAGUAACAAAGCCUACCAUCAGUAACACACUACGCCGCCAGGGACUAAAAUCCUGCAGUGCAAGACGUGUCCCCCUGCUUAAGCCAGUACAUGUCCAGGCCCGUCUGAAGUUUGCUAGAGUGCAUUUGGAUGAUCCAGAAGAGGAUUGGGAGAAUGUCAUAUGGUCAGAUGAAACCAAAAUAGAACUUUUUGGUAAAAACUCAACUCGUCGUGUUUGGAGGACAAAGAAUGCUGAGUUGCAUCCAAAGAACACCAUACCUACUGUGAAGCAUGGGGGUGGAAACAUCAUGCUUUGGGGCUGUUUUUCUGCAAAGAGACCAGGACGACUGAUCCGUGUAAAGGAAAGAAUGAAUGGGGCCAUGUAUCGUGAGAUUUUGAGUGAAAACCUCCUUCCAUCAGCAAGGGCAUUGAAGAUGAAACGUGGCUGGGUCUUUCAGCAUGACAAUGAUCCCAAACACACCGCCCGGGCAACGAAGGAGUGGCUUCGUAAGAAGCAUUUCAAGGUCCUGGAGUGGCCUAGCCAGUCUCCAGAUCUCAACCCCAUAGAAAAUCUUUGGAGGGAGUUGAAAGUCUGUGUUGCCCAGCGACAGCCCCAAAACAUCACUGCUCUAGAGGAGAUCUGCAUGGAGGAAUGGGCCAAAAUACCAGCAACAGUGUGUGAAAACCUUGUGAAGACUUACAGAAAACGUUUGACCUGUGUCAUUGCCAACAAAGGGUAUAUAACAAAGUAUUGAGAAACUUUUGUUAUUGACCAAAUACUUAUUUUCCACCAUAAUUUGCAAAUAAAUUCAUAAAAAAUCCUACAAUGUGAUUUUCUGGAUUAUUUUUUCUCAUUUUGUCUGUCAUAGUUGACGUGUACCUAUGAUGAAAAUUACAGGCCUCUCUCAUCUUUUUAAGUGGGAGAACUUGCACAAUUGGUGGCUGACUAAAUACUUUUUUUCCCCACUGUAUAUUCGGUUGCAAGUUACCUCUCAACAUGUGGUUGACGAAUUAUAUGAUUGAUGUGACCGCUCAUUGACAUGUCCGCGACCUCGUGGUAGCAGAAAUUUAGGAACAAUGGAAUUAUACGGCGCAAUGUAGGUAGAAUACUACCUUAGAGGUCCAUAGGAAUGGGACGAGCCUCUUAAACUGUGUAUGUAUGUAUGUAUGUAUGUGUGUUUGUGGAAGAGAGAAAAAUGGUGGAGUGGAGACGUGUCUGAGCUGUGUGUCGACUCAUGUUGGGAAGGAAUUUGUGUUGUAGAUCUUGUGAGUCUCCGUGGGUGAGAACGUUGGUGGUUGUUAACUAUAUGUGAGCCCCCUGGAAGGACGUUAAGGUUAAAAAUGUCAUGACUCUCUAUAAAAAGAGAACGUUUACUAACUAUUAGAAUAUCAUGAGCCUACAGGGAGGAGUUUUUAAUAAGUGUAUAGAGAUGUUUUGUAAUGGAUAAGAAAAUCACUAUAAAUCUGCAGAUUAGGAUAAAGGGAAGUUAAGACACUUCAAAGUAGGAUUUGUGUUCAAUGUUUUAUGUGGUUUGUGAGCUCUGUUAAAUGUUACUGUUUGUCUCAUGAAGAACGGAGGUAAAGUUGGCGUGUCUACUUUCUGUUGUUUAGCUGGGAGGGAGCUCCAUCCACUCUGAAAUCGUAUUGGUGUAUGAACUACGCAUGCGCGUGAUUUUAUGACUUUAGAGUUACGUAGGGCAAAAAUGCCACUCCCCUGCCUGCACUGAGCUGCUGGGAGACACAGAAAAAGAGAGAGAGAAGAUUUAGACACUAAUAGUGUAUUCUGGUUGUUAAAUCGGCUGUUGUUUGACGAUGAAACUGUUUUCUUGAGACCUAUCGAAUUGAUAAACUAGAGAUAUGUUGAUGGAUUAAAAAUAAAUAAAAUAAAAUGUUAUUGAGCUAUUUAUACUAUUCCUGAGUUAAGUUGUUUGCUUAUUUCUUAGCGCGAAUGUGAACGGAGGAGUAUUGAAUGGUUGAAAUAACUCAGUGUGUGCAUAAAAUACUAAAUUCUUGUCUGUCCUUUGUUAUUCUGUCAUAUGAGAGACGAGAGGGAGGAGACCGAGAGAGAGCGGAAGUGCUGACGUGUACAUCACGCGACAGGGUGUGCUGCAACGGAUCCAGUCAAACUAAGGCCAGUACUGUUCUAUUUACAAAACUUACCUUCCCAUACAGGAUAUUUUGUGUGCCUAGCAUAUUUGAUGUUGUGACAAUUUGACAGGGACUUGGCAACAGACUGAUCAAUUGAUGUAAUUGCAUAUUGGAGUUUUUGUGAAUAAGUUGGUUUGAUUAGAGUUGUGUUGGGAAUCGAGUACUGACAUUAUUCUGUAAAAUUAAGGUCAUUGGGUGCUUAUUAAGCAAUUGGUUUGUGAGGACUGUAGUGUUGCUGGAUUAUAGGUCUUUCUUUUUUUUGGAUUGCUCUGAAGUUGACUACUUUCCUUUACUUUUCUUGAUCGGAUGUGGUAAGAUUGCCACUAAUUAAUAAAUUGGUAAAAUAAAUGAAUUUGAGAGAAAAAAAUAAAAUAAAAAAUAAUAAUUAAAAAGGGAGGGACCCAUAAGCUAUAUAGUCUAAAAUAAUAAAAUUAUUCACAAUAAAGGAAUAUAAAAGAGUUGUUACAAUGGGGAAAAAGGACAUAAAAACUAUGAAAGUAAUUACUCCUGUUGAUGUAGUACAAAAUAGUAAUCCUCUAGUUAAUGGUAUUGCAAGGUUAUCUGGAAAAUGGAAUAAACGUUGGCCUGACAUUGAACAACCAUGGCCAGUGGAAGGGACUCUUAACCCUGACGUCAUCAACAUAAUGAAAGUGCUUCUGUCAAUUCAUAAGGCAGAUCAAAAGAAAGGGAAAAAAAGGGAACAACGUAAAGAAAAGAGACAAAGAGAGCUGGGUGUUCUUAAGCUGUUUGAAAAUGAAGGACAAAAACUGAUGAAAGAUACCAACGAUAAAAGAAACAAAGAUAUAGAGAAAAUUGUAAAAGCAGUGAAGGUGACAGAAAAACUAAUGACAGAAGUCAGUACACCUUUCUCACAUACGGAUUCAGCAAAAAGACCCCCACCUUAUGAGAAAGAAGUAGAGUUUAAGGACAUCUAUCCUCAGCUUCCAGUGAUCAUUCAGGAGGGUGAUUAUUGCAUCAGAGAUGAGGAUGAACGAAUAAUAGAGAGAGGACAAGCAGAAACGACCAUAAAAAUGAAUCCAAACUCCAAAAGUAAGAAAAAAACGAGAUGUCUGGAAACUAAGGGUGGAGUGAGGUUCAGGAGGAUGGAACUUGAAGAUGAUGAUGAUGAUGAUGAUCAGAGUGAUUCAGAAGAGAUCAUGGGUGGAUAUGACCCUGUGAUCAGACGGAGGUUGGCCAGAGCGGAAAGAAGGGGUGAUGGAUGUUUGAAGAAGAAGAAUACAAGAUAUUCCAGUUCUGAUGAAAGCGAAGAUGAAGACAGCGAUAAAGAUUUGGAGAUUAAAGGUGCUUCAUAUUCAAGAGGAUUUUAUCCUACAAUGACUAGCACAGAAGAAAUAGAAAGAGAUAUAGACCGAUGCGUAUCAUGCCUGGAUAAAGCGAAUAAUUUAGAAGAAGUAAGAGAACUGGAACAACAACUCAAGAAGCUGAAGAUACAGAAAAAAAAACUGCUGAGAAAAGGACCCCAAGAAUUGGAGAAAAAGUAUACAUUGAGGCCAAGGAAAGAGGGCACCAGUAAGAAGAUGAUGCCAGUGAUCAUUCGAGGACAAAACCUAGAAUAUAAGCCUUUGCAAAAUACCGAUAUGUCAGAUAUACUUGAGAAGCUGCCUACUCUUCAAGAUGGAGCCUAUCCUUGGAUUUCAAAAUUGGAAGAAAUUACGGUGGGAACACAGUCAGCCAUAGGAGACAUUAAGAUACUUUUGGCUAAUCUCCUUGGGAUUCCAGAUAUGGAAGAAAUAUUUCAGAGAGCUGGACUCAAUAGAUAUGUGGGGACUGCAGUGAAUGAUCCUGAAUUGUUGGCUGCAAGUAGGAAUCGGCUGUGGAGAGCACUGAAAGAUACGUUUCCAACAAAUAUGCAUCCUGACAACAUUCUGAUUGAUCCACUAGGACAACAAGAAAAUCCGAGAGCCUGUGUGUCAAGAGUCUAUCAAGUGUGGAGAAAUAUUACCGGAAAUGAUCCAGAUGUGAGUCAAAUUGAGCAGUCAAUUUUGAGAGCUAAACUGCAGAUGGGACUGCCCUCACCAGUAAGGAGCAAACUGGCAGAGGUGGUUGGACUUGGAAGCAUGACAAAAGGUGUCUAUACAGAUCAUAUAGCCCAUCAAGUGGAUCUGUACAGGAAAAAGGAACACAACCAGAAAGAACAGGACCAAGAAACUCUCAGAAAACUCAAUCAAAUACAACUGGUGGAGAAUAAGAAGGAGAAGAAACAAGCUUUGGUUAUGCAGAAUCAGUGUGCACCAAAUCAACAAUCACUGCCACAGCUUCAACCGGACCAGUUCCAACCGCAAUUGUACCAGCCACCAAUAGCGGUACCAGUUGUUUCAUAUCCACAGCCAGUUUCUGGACAGACACAGAAUUGGAGAGGAAGAGGACGAGAAGGCUUAGAAAGAGGAAGAGGAGGAAGAUUUAAGCCAUACUUCCAGCAAUCUCCAGAAGUGUGUUAUAGUUGUGGACAGGUUGGUCACUUUGCUGUGAGUGCAAUGGGCCAGGAGGAAACAUCAGAGCGAAUUUCAGAGGAAGAUACAGGAGCAAGUCAAGAUCAUCUGGAGGACAGGUGAACCCCUAUAGGGGCCCGCAGCAAGGAUUCUAGGGGUGCCCAGAAGAUCCGAAAGGGGGGUGUCAGCUGGUAGCAUCAGGACCGGAAAAAUAUCCAACAAUUGAGGUGAAAAUAAACAACCGACCAUUGGAAGUGAUGGCGGAUAGCGGAGCUGCUUUUACCUGCGUUCGGCCUGAAGAUGCUACACAUCUCCCUAUGUCCAAUCAACUCAUUAGGACAAUCGGAUUCGAGGGAGUAAAACAGCUGAUUCCUCUUACGGAACCAAUUGAGCUCUGCUAUAAAAAUCUAAAAAUUACAAUACCCAUACUGGUAUCAGAACAUACACCUAUUGCAUUGUUGGGAAGAGAUGCAUUGUGUAAGUUGAACUGUACAAUAAGAUGUACACCAGACGGCUGUCUGGUAGAAGUACCAAAGGAAAAGGUUUACCAAUUGUUGAUGAUGACAGAGAUGGAUUUGUCUUUAGUAUUCUGGAUUGGAAAUCUCAGUGAAGAUUCUUUAAAGAAGGCUAAGGUUAGGAGAAAGAUUACAAAGGAGUAGGGUUUUUGGGAACCAUAUUGGCUUGAAAAUAUUUAUUAUAUCAUAGGAAGGUGGACAAUCUGUCUGAAAAGUAAUGUUUACAGGGUGUGACUGUUAUUCUUGGUUACAUUCCUUCACCAAGAGGGGAAUAAGAUUUCAAACUAAGCUAAAAGAUGCUCAGUCGUUUGCCAAGUCUGUGUGUAAAGAAGUCAUAAACAGGUGGGGACUUCCCGAUCACAUAUCCUAAAAUUAGUGGGAAAGGAAUUUGUGGAUAAAUCAGUGAAAUGGUUUUUUAAAAGUUAGGAGAAAAGUCAGAUUAAAAAGUUAGGAAAACUAGGGUUGAAGGAACUCUAGGACAGUCAGCUAAGCUUCAAUGUAAGUGCACGAGAGAGAACAGUGGUGAAGGGAAAUUUAGAGUUCAGUGGGAAGAUAGAUAUGGCAGGAGUUUAGAUAUGUUAGGAGCAGUUGCAUUGAGAAAGGAUGCGUUGCUGAAUGAUAAGAGAAGAAUGAAGAUUGAGGGUGAUUGCAGUAUCUAUAUUUACAAUUCCCAGCAGGAAGAUCAAGGUGAUUAUAAAUGUAUUUUUUAUAAUCAACAGUUUGAAAGUGAGGGAUUAGAGUUGGGACUGAGAGUUGAUGUAGUGACACUAGUGGUGAUAGAUGGAAAUACAAGUAAAGAGUUCAAAGCUUUAUGGAGAAUCGAUGAAUCAACAACAAUGACAUCAACACUUCAGCCUAUUAUAACAACAGUGAGAAGCAAUUCAACUCUUUCAACAUUGACAGUUAUUAAAGCUAUAAAUGUAUCACAUUUGAUUACAAGGGAGCCAAUUGCUCCAGCACCAAUUUUAGAGGAAAAGACUGUCAUUAGGGUUAGGAUUGGUGGUACAGCUCAUCUUCCUUGUAGAUGUGAGAGAUGGAGUGGGGGUGGUGACGUUCCUCCCACAUGGAGAGAUAAUUAUGGAGAAGAAGUGUUGUUAUCAGGACCAGAAGUAGAAGCUGUGCCCCCUAGUCAAAGGAAGUAUAUUUUGUACAACGAUAUGAAGUGGAAGAGGGUUAUGAGUGAUUGCUCACUUAUUUUGUGUAAUGUUACAUGGAAAGAUCAGGGAGAAUAUAUGUGUACUUAUUUAGUGCAAGCUUUAAAGUUUGUUCCGGCUAACAAUUAUUGGUUAAAAGGCUAUGUAACUCGUAAGGUGACGCUUAUGAUGGAAGAUUUGAAGUCUGUUGAAGCUUCCACAGUCACCAAAGGAGUUCAGGAGAAGUAUAUUACAGUAGCCACUCCAACAGUAAAUAAUACACAGAGGAUAUCUGUAACAUUCCCACUGGAAAUAGUUAAGAGUGUUAAUACAUCAGCUAAAGCAACUAUUUUAAUAGCAACUUUGAAAGAGAUUAAUGGUACGACGGCAAUAACAAAUUUAGGAAAUAUGACACAGACACCAACAACAACUUUUCUGAAACUAAAGGAUGUAGCAAGAGUGACUCAGGAGUUUAUGAUACGGAUGGAGAGUGCUGUCAAUGGUAGUAAGGAUAGUGUUGAGAUAGGAGAGCAGAUGGUAGUAGAGAAUGAUGCAGAUUCAUCUGAAAUAGUGCAGAAUACUAUCAUGGAGGUACAGGAUGAGUUCUUUGAUUUUAAUGGAAGACAAGAAGAUAUAUCUGAUCAAUACCGCUCGUUAGGGAAGAGAGGAAUUUCAUAGUAAGUGAUGAUAACAACUUAUGCCUGGCAACAGUGUGCAAUGAUAGGCUGAGUAAGUCUAAACCACGCUCAGUCUCUACUCUGAUUGUCCAGCAGGGAGCGGGAACUAUCUCUGUCAGAGUAUUUGAAGAAGAACUUAGAACAAUGGUUCAGUUCUCUGAGUGCCCUGCGUGGUAUUUCAGUGGACCCGUAUACGAACAUCAUAUUUACCAUUGAAGUGUUUUGCAUUAAUUAAAAUACUAGUAUAUCUUAGAAGUCGUGUUGAUAUCUUUUGUUCCCAAUACCAGAUUUGAAUUGACGCAACUUAACAGUAUGUAACAAUGAAAUGUCGUCCAAUUGAGUACUCACUCUCUUAAACUUUAAAUCUUGAAAGAAAUGAUUUGUUUGUGCGUGUGAACAUGAUUUAGUGUGGUGAAUGUAAACUCAGCUGAUUUCGAACAGGUAAGAUGUAUUCCAAAGAAUUUAACAUAAAUACAGGAAAUGUGUGCAAUAAAAGUAGACUUGUGCAGACAUUCACUGACCCCAUGACAGAAGUGUACCUGCUGUUCUUCCAAGCCACCGUACCAACUUUCACUUCUUUCAACUUGCUGCUUCAGAGAGAGCAGUCAUCAAUAUUUUUGUUACAUGAUGAGGGGGGAUUGGAUUUUGCAGUUUCUUUUCCAUUUUGUGUUUCUUGCUGAUAUCUGCAGGGAUCCUCUAAAACAGGUUUCACCUACUAUUUUUGUAAAUGUCUGUUAUAGAUGGUGAAAUUCGUACGCAAGCUAUGUUCCAAGUUUAUGGUUCCAGCAGCUCUGCAGUGCCAUGAGGAGCCUUGUGAAAUUGCCUUUAAAGAAAAGGCAAACCAUUUACCAGGUUAGUAUUUGACUAUUAUUAUGAUCAAACACUGUGAUAUGUGAUAUUUAGCCUUGUACCUUAUACCGAUAUGCUGUAUCUGUGACAGGAAGAAAGUUGAACAUUAGGUUCACAACCAGGGCUAAACUUAACAGAUUACUCGACGAGGGUGACAUCACACCACAGCAGGUGGAUUCAUUCCAUGAAGCUGUGUUGUGUUUCCUGACAAGUGCUGUGGACUAUGCACUUAAGAAGCUGCCACUGGAAGAGCCACUGAUCAAGCACGCACAAUUUGUAGAUGUACGGCAGAGGGCUGAAAGUGACAUCGAAGAUGUCCUGUACUUUGUUGAAAGGUUAGUUUUUUUUCUCUAAUUAUUGUCUGUUAUCUUAGCUAAAAUACCCUGUGUUUUAUGAUGAGGUGUGUUCACUCCUAAACUGCACAUGAGAUAUUCUUAUGUGGCUUCUCCUCAAAGAUGUGUAUGAACUGCUGCUGGUUGAUGACUAUAUAACUAAAACGUAACAACUUGUAACUGUACUUUCAUAAAUAGGUUUCCCCAUCUCCUGCCAUACCAUGGGGCAGAGGAGCAUGACCUUCUGGGUGAGGAGUUUCUAAAUUAUCAGACCAUGCCAAUGAUAUCCCUGCAGGACGAAACUGAAAUGGAAAGCUUCUGGGCUGAAAUGGCAACCCGGAAGCAUAAGGUAAACAUUUUUCAUUUUUUGUCUUUCCUUUUGGCAGGUGUGGCUUGGCUACAUCUGUUGCUUAAAAUUGUUGCAUGCAUAUGUGUCAUGCAUGUUGCAAAUUAUGCAUGUUUUUCUCUGAACUUUGUUAAUGGAUCAACCUACAGUAUACUUACAGUAUUAAUCAAUCAAAAAUCAAGGUAUGUUUUUCCAUUGUGUUUUGGUGCAUUUUCCAUAGGUGACAGGAGCCAAAGAAUUUGAGAGGCUUGCUGCCGUCGCCAAGCUUGUCCUGGUGUUGCCCCAUGCAAAUGCAGAUGCUGAGAGGGUGUUUUCAGUUGUGGGACUGAAGAAAACCAAGAGAAGAAACAGCCUAGCAUUGGAUGGCACCCUGUCCUCAAUAAUGACCAUAAAGAUGGCCAAUCUGGAGCCCUGCUUCAAAUGGGAGCCCCCCUCCGAUAUCAUCAAGGCCUCCAAGAAGGCCACAGGCCAGUAUAACCAUGCCGACAGAUCAUAGACAAGAGGCUCAUUUGAGAUGAGCCAGGUCUGCGCAGAAUCGAUCACUGGCGAUCACCGCCCAAUGCAUGCUGGUUAGAUUUGUGUCCGACUUGAUCCCGACUUUCUCUGACGUCAUGCACACGUGGGCAACGAUUACCUCAUGAGAUCAAGGCGACCGCAGUUCUGAGACGCAGGCAGUGCAAUUGCUUUUUACCGACUGCAGGACCCAGGACAAAAUCUCACUCCAAGGUUUUUUGAAAAGUUGGCAGGUAUGGAAACAGAUCAAUGGGAACAGCAACCCAACCAAACACCAGAAGCCACCUUUAGAGCCUAACCAGAAGCCUUUCAUGACGCCAGCACAGAAAGCACCUGGUGCAACAGAACAGAAUACCCCAAAAGCUUCAGUUCCAAAUGGGACAGAGGUUGAGACAAAACAGAAGCCCAAAGGUAAAGUUAAAUCUUGAGAUGUCCAGUCCUCCUCAAAUGAUGCUCAACUUCCUAGCAUCUACUGGUGAUACUUGCCUGUCCUCUCUCUGUAUUUUGACUAGGUAUUGUAUAUGGUGUUAUUUUAAUGGUGUAAUAGCCACAUCAGAGACAUUGAAGGUGGAAAGCCGGGCACUAAAUUCUCCACGGUAGAUAUUCUACGUCAGAGACUUCGUGAAAAGAUUGAGGAGUCUCGUGGGCAGGUAUGUAUUAGGUUUUUUAAGGGGUUGUGUUCAGUGGCUACACAGUAGUUGUCCUAUCACUGACCAACAGCUGCCUGUCAACUUGGCAGAGCACAUUAUUCUGUAUAGCCUAUAACUAACCUUACAUCCUCUUUUCUUCCCAUAGGGAACACCUAAGGACCCAUCCUCUGAGGAAGGGCAGAAUUAG